GUGGAGCCUCGAAGUCCCGCCCCACAGCCCCGCCCCCAUCCCUGUCGCUCAACUGGGCUCUGACCGGCGCGCAGCAUCCAGCGCUGCGGGCUCCGGGCUCCAGGCUCCGGGCUAUGGACGCCCCAGCCGCCGCCCCCAGCUCGGCGAGGAAGGAGCUGAAGAUAGUGAUCGUGGGUGACGGCGGCUGCGGCAAGACAUCGCUGCUCAUGGUGUACUGCCAAGGCUCAUUUCCCGAGCACUAUGCCCCGUCGGUGUUUGAGAAGUACACGGCUAGUGUGACAGUGGGCAGCAAGGAGGUGACCCUCAACCUCUACGACACAGCUGGGCAGGAAGACUAUGAUCGGCUGCGGCCUCUGUCCUACCAGAACACACACCUCGUCCUCAUCUGCUAUGAUGUCAUGAACCCCACCAGUUACGACAACGUCCUCAUCAAGUGGUUCCCUGAGGUCACACAUUUCUGCCGAGGGACCCCCACGGUGCUCAUCGGCUGCAAGACAGACCUGAGGAAGGACAAGGAGCAGUUGCGGAAGCUCCGGGCAGCCCAGCUGGAGCCCAUCACCUACACACAGGGCCUGAGUGCCUGUGAACAGAUGCAAGCUGCACUCUAUCUGGAGUGUUCUGCCAAGUUUCGGGAGAACGUGGAAGAUGUUUUCAGGGAAGCCGCCAAGGUGGCCCUCAGCGCCCUCAAGAAAGCACAGAGGAAGAAAAAGCACAGGAUCUGCCUGCUGCUGUGAACCUGGGACACAGCCCAGAGCGGAACACAGCGAGGGACCCGGGCCCCAUCACAGCCUUGCGGUGCCCGGCACCUGGGGCUAGACUCUCAGAACAUUCUGGAGCUACCCCCUUUGGGGUCACACUGUAGUUCAGCGGUGAAUGCGGAUGCCAGACCCCACCGGGACUCUACCCUGGGACGGGCACUCGUCGCCAGGCUGCAGGAGGGCCCUCCUUGUCACAGCUCCUCCUUGCCCCAGCCACGCCUGUUUCCUUUCCAAACCCAACUCAUGCUAAAACCUCAGAGCAACAUCGAGACUCAUGUGGAUGUGCAAUGCUAUUCAGAGUCCCUGUCUCCGUGAGCUCUUGAGAUAGGCUCAGCUACAUCCUCCAGCCCCUUCCUGCUUCCCCUCAGGAACCUGGCGGUCACAGCCUAUCAGAAGAACACAGGCAUCAAGCCGGACAUGAGGCUGGCACCGGCCUCUCCCUUCACACCACACUGAGGACUUCUGCUUCAGCCUUGGUCACAGACUGAGACACAUGUUAAAGUGGAGAAGAAACAACCUCUCAAAAGGUCAAAAUGUGUGUAGGCCACCCAUCUGAUUCCUGCUCUAGGUCUCUCCUCCAAACCCUUAGCCGAUUUCCACUGGAGACUCCUGAUGGACAGUGCCCAUGCUCCUGAUGGCAGAUGUGCUCACCCUGAACUAUGUCCCAUCUCUAAAUGGCUGGAGUUGGGUCAUCUGAGUAGUCAGGCUCUUCACCACACUCAGUCUCUGAUUCUACCAUGAUGUGGAGGUCAGGAGUAGGCUACCCCUGCCUCAUUCCAGAACUGACAUGGCCACCCCUCCCCACACUGGACAAUUUCUCGGAACUCGCCUGCAGAUCACCAGUGUCUCCCAUGGCAAGAUUCUCGAGUCCUGAUGCCUUCUGGAAGGUCUAGAGUCUGCGUUUCGGAACUUUUCAAGCCAGGCAUCCCACCUCAGUGCCUCCAAGAUGGAGGCAUCACCCAACAUGAAACCAUGGCCUUGGCUGACCCAUCUGUCCCAGUACCUCCUGACUCAGCCCCCAAAGUCAAGUUGCCAAGGACCCCCUCCCCCUAGUGUUCCAAGGCCCUGUCCCCUGAGGAGCCAACCACGGACCUCUUGCUCUUUCAGAAUCCAAGACAUUGGGGAUAGAAAGGUGUGGAGCUGUGGUCAGUGAACCACAGCCUGUGGUUCACAUGUAGCCCCUGCCUGUUUUUGUAAAUAAAGUUUUAUUGAAAAGCCACAA